CGCCUCGGCCUUGGUCGCGCAUGGUCACCUCCUGGGGAGAUUCAUAGGGAGGCAACCACCUACCAGACGGCUCGAUUCGUCUUUCGCCCCUAUACCCAACUUGAAGUCUGAUGAAUGAUUUGCACGUCAGUAUUGCUGGGAGCCUCCAAAAAGAGGACCUGGUGUGAUGAACGAUUUGCAGGUCAGUAUCGCUGGGAGUCUCCAAAAAGAGGAAGAGAAGGACGAUGAUGAUGAGGAGGAAGACGAAGAGGAGGACAAAAAGGAGGAGGAGGUGGAGGAAGAAAAAGAAGUAGAAGACGAGGACAAAGACGAAGAUGAGGACGAGGAAGAGGAGGCACAGGAGGAGGAGAAGGAGGAGGAGGAAGAAGAAGAAGAGGAGGAGGAGGAAGAGGACGAGGAGGAGGACAAGGAGGAGAAGGAGGAGUAAGAAGAACAAGAGGAGGAGGAUAAGGAGAAAAAAAUGGAGGAGACGAGGUAGUAGAGGAUGUG